GGACCACUUCCUCUUUUUUCACUCUGAAGAUAGGAACUGCCCCAAGGCAGUCAGAAGCGAUGGGCAGAUUCCAGGCUGUGGUAGACCUGCUUCACCCGCUGGCCAGGGAGUGCUGAGGGCACCAGCCUAUUGCCUCCCUCCCUGCUUCUGGGGUAACUGAGGACCACCUUGCAGGCUAGCAGGAUGGAGCGAGCCUGUGAGAAGCAGGACUCAGUGUGCAACCUGGUGGCUGUGUUUGAGAACAACAGGACUCCGGGAGAAGCACCUGGAUCCCAUAGCCUUGAGGACCAGCCCCAUAGCCCUGAACACCAGCUGUCCCUGUCCCCAGAGCCUUGGGAGGCACCCCCUGUCAAGGAGGCCUUGAAGUCUGAAUUCCGGCCAGUGAGCAGGACAUAUCUGAGUUCCCUCAAGAACAAGUUAUCGAGUGGGGCUUGGAGGAGAUCCUGUCAGCCUGGGGUCAGCCCGGGGCCAGAGACACAGGAACCUGAGGAGAAGAGGGUCGUGCGAGAGCUUCUGGAGACGGAGCAGGCCUAUGUGGCUCGCCUGCACCUGCUUGACCAGGCCAGUGGGGACCCCUCAAAACCCAUCAUAUCACAAGUACCGAUGCCAGCCCAGGACUUGGCAUUAACUCAACCCACUGACAUCGUUGGGUGGCUUUGGGAAAGCAUCAGAACUGAGCCCUUUAGCACCUCAUGCAUUGUCUUCGGUCCUGGCCAGCCUCAUACAUGGCAGCCUCGUUUGAUUGUCCUCACUAGAUGCCCUUUACUUCAGCCAAGGAACACCCAAGGCCUAGGAAGACACAUAUGGGGCUGUUCCCUCUUCCCUUGGCCAAGCCCUAGGGAGUCCUGGCUUGUCUCCCAUCUGUAAGGUGGCCUGAAUCCAGUCUUUCCUGGCCAUCUCUCUCAGCUGUGUGGCAAGGAUGCAGGCCUGACUGCUGGGGUUGUGCUGUCCCCCUGGGGCUGCAGGGCUGGCUAGCGGGUGGUGACUUCCUCUUUGAGUAGGGCGUGAGCAGGUGCGGGUUUCCUGUGCAGGUGUUCUUCCAGGAGCUGCUGAGGGAGGCAGGCCGCAGCAAGGCCUUCCCUGAGGACGUGGUGAAGCUCAUUUUCUCCAACAUCUCCUCCAUCUAUCGUUUCCACGCCCAGUUCUUCCUUCCCGAGCUGCAGCGGCGCGUGGAUGACUGGGCAGCCACGCCCCGCAUUGGGGAUGUGAUCCAGAAGCUGGCCCCGUUUCUGAAAAUGUACAGCGAGUACGUGAAGAACUUUGAGCGGGCCGCGGAACUGCUGGCCACGUGGAUGGACAAGUCUCAGCCCUUCCAGGAGGUGGUCACCCGCAUCCAGUGCAGCGAGGCCUCCAGCAGCCUGACCCUGCAGCACCACAUGUUGGAGCCUGUGCAAAGAAUCCCGCGGUACGAACUGCUGCUCAAGGAAUAUGUGCAGAAGCUGCCAGCCCAGGCCCCAGACCUCGAAGAUGCCCAGAGAGCACUGGACAUGAUCUUCUCAGCUGCACAGCACUCCAAUGCAGCCAUUGCAGAGAUGGAGCGGCUGCAGGGCCUGUGGGAUGUGUACCAGCGCCUGGGCUUGGAGGAUGACAUCGUGGACCCCUCCAACACCCUGCUCCGAGAGGGCCCUGUUCUCAAGAUCUCUUUCCGCCGCAGCGACCCAAUGGAACGCUACCUGGUUUUGUUCAACAACAUGCUUCUGUAUUGUGUACCCCGAGUCCUCCAAGUGGGUGCCCAGUUCCAGGUGCGGACUCGCAUCGAUGUGGCCGGCAUGAAGGUGCGGGAGCUGACCGAUGCUGAGUUCCCACACUCCUUCCUGGUGUCCGGAAAGCAGCGCACACUGGAGCUGCAGGCCCGGUCCCGAGAUGAAAUGGUUUCCUGGAUGCAGGCCUGCCAGGCAGCCAUUGACCAGGUUGAGAAGCGGAGUGAGACCUUCAAGGCUGCUGUCCAGGGACCUCAGGGGGACACGCAGGAGCCCAAGCCACAGGUAGAGGAGCUGGGUCUCCGAGCGCCUCAGUGGGUCCGGGACAAGAUGGUGACCAUGUGCAUGCGCUGCCAGGAGCCCUUCAAUGCCCUGACUCGUCGGCGCCACCACUGCCGGGCUUGCGGCUAUCCCUCCAGGACCCAGCCCCAUGUAAGAGGCUCAUGGAGGGAAGAAAAUUGGGUAGUGUGUGCCAAGUGCUCUGACUACCGUGCGGAGCUGAAAUAUGACAGCAACAGGCCCAACCGAGUCUGCCUGACCUGCUACACAUUUCUCACUGGAAACGUACUCCCUCAAGGCAAGGAGGACAAGAGGCGGGGCAUCUUGGAGAAAGAGGCCUCAGCAGCACCCGAGCAGAGUCUGGUGUGCAGCUUCCUGCAGCUCAUAGGGGACAAGUGCAGCAGGAGCCUUCCCCGGAGCUGGUGUGUGAUCCCCCGGGAUGACCCCCUUGUCCUGUAUGUCUAUGCAGCCCCCCAGGACACAAAGGCUCACACCUCCAUCCCCCUACUGGGCUAUCAGGUGAUUUCAGGGCCCCAGGGGGACCCUCGGGUUUUCCAGCUGCAACAGUCAGGCCAGCAGUACACCUUCAAGGCCGAGUCUGUGGAGCUGCAGGGCCGCUGGGUGACAGCUAUCAAGCGUGCGGCCAGUGGCCGGACCCCUGAGGGACCUGACGAAGAAGAUGUGUCUGACUGAACCACAGCCAGCUGCUCAUCGAGAGUCCAUGACAGCCUUCCCAGGCCUACCCCAUGGUUCUAUCACUUCACCCCAAGCUGGGCUACCCCUGACCCACCUGAUGUCUAUACCGAGACAAUUCAUCCUGACUCUGUAUCCAGCAGACACAGGCCCUUUCCUUCAGGAAGAUACCACCAAGUGUCCCAGCUGGCUGGAGAGGGGGCGGAUAUCCCUGGAUCAUGAAAUCUUCAUUGCUAAAACAAUGUUGUAGCUUAAUGGGUGGCAUGCCCAUCUAACAUGGAUGAAGCCUUGGGUUCAGUCCUCAGCGAAACAUAAACUGGGCAUGGUAAUACAUGCAACAGUUGGGUAGGUAGAGGAAGAAGGACCAAAAGGCCGAGGUCGCCCUGGCUAUAGAGUGAGUUACAGUCCAGCCUGGGCUACACAAGAACCUGAGAGCACAAAAAAAGUCAAAAUAAAAGAUGACAAGUACCAAUAA